AUGGACAUUCGCUGCAUUCUUCUGGUCUGCGCCCUUCUCUACCUGUCUGUGCUGUGCUUCGUGUUCGCGGCGCCCGUUCUGGAGCCGAAGCCAGAAGAACACACCAAAGAGGAUGAGAGUAAAGACGAGGCGAAGAUAAAGAGCGAGAUCGACGAACUGGGGCUGGAGUACGGCAGGUAUCUGCAACAGGUGGUGGAGGCGCUCGAGGAGGACAAGGAGUUCGCGAAGAAGCUCGAGAACGUGUCGCAGGACGAGAUCAAGAACGGCGCGAUCGCGCGAGAGCUGGACUUUGUGUCGCAUUCCGUGAGGAAUAAGUUGGACGAACUGAAGCGCAUCGAAAUGGACAGACUGCGGGUGUUGGCGCGCAAAGAGCAAGCGCUGGAGGCGCGCGAAGGGGGUGAGGAUGACUCGGGGCGAAGGUGGCGCACGCUGGGGGCGGACUCGCACUCUAUUGACGCGGAGCACGUGGACCACGCGAACCCGCACUCGUUCGAGGCGCAGGACCUGCAGAAGCUGAUCGUGUCGGCGUCACGUGACUUGGAGGCGCUGGACGCGAAGCGGCGGCACGACUUCAAAGAGUACGAGAUGGAGAAGGAGUUGCGCUACGAGGAGGUGUUGGAGAGCGUGAACGCCAGUGAGAGACACGCCAUCGAAGAGAGGAAGAAACAAAUGGAGGAGAAGCGGAAGACGCACGCGCGCGUCCACCACCCGGGCUCGAAGCAGCAGCUGGAGGAGGUGUGGGAGAGCAAAGACCACAUGCCGCGCCAGGAGUUCGACCCGAAGGUGUUCUUCUCGAUGCACGACGUGAACGGGGACGGGUUUCUGGACGCGCAGGAGGUGGAGGCCAUAUUGGGGGUGGAGGUGCGGAAGAUGUACGAGGGGGGCAAUGGCGACCCGAACGAGAUGCAGGAGGAAUAUCAUCGGAUGAGGGAACACAUCUACAAGGAGGCGGACGCGAAUAGAGAUGUUCCUUAUGCCGCGCGCUACUACUCGCCCAAGAUCUACGGCGGCCACUAUGGCGGCUAUCUGGGCGGCUACGGCGGCCACGGCUACGGCAGUAAACUGGGUUACCAUGGCUACGGGUUGGCGCCCACAGUCGUGGUGUCGAAGCGCGUGAUCGUUCCCCAAGUGCUCGUCUCUUACGUGAGGCCCAAAUACUACGGCGGUUACCAUGGAUACGGCGGGUACGGCGGCAAACUCGGUUACCAUGGCUACGGCGGCUCCAUUUACGGACACUCAUACUACCCCGGUUACCAUGGUUACGGCGGUUAUGGCGGCAAAUACGGCGGUUUGUAUUCCGGGGGUUACCAUGGAUACGGCGGUCAUUACGCGCCGGUGGUGAAGUACGUGGGACUGGGCCACUACGGCGGCGGCGGCGGUUACCAUGUGAUGGCGUCUCUGCUCUUGUUCUCUGCGUUUCUCGCGCUCUCUGCGUCGCAACCCAUUGUCGAGUACUUGGUCCCCAUUGGCCGACCGCCGUUCCCGCCCUUCGCGCCAAAUCACGGCCAGAGAGAGUUCUCGGCGCGCGAAACGCAGCGAUUGGCGCAACAGUUGGUGGAAAGCGCGCGCCGUCUGCAAGUGGAGAGUGAGGGCGAGGGAGACGUCGCGCGCCAACUGUUGAAAGAGUUCCAGGAGAAGGCGUUGCAGUUGAGCGAGAGCGCGAAACGGGUGUCGGAGUUCGCGCAGCAACUGGCGGCGAGCGCGCGCCUCGUCAGCGACGCCGUGCGCGACGUCAACAAUAGAAUAAAGAUAAAGGCGCGCGAGACGCAGACUGUGGCGAAGAACCUGGCGGAGAGCGCGCGCACUUUGAACACGUGUCCGAAGAAAGAAUAA